CCCUUCGCGAUCAUUCUUCUCGACAGACAUUCUUGCCAUGUCGAGAUAAUGGUGAGAGUCGGACCACUAUUGAACGCUAAGUGAUAAAAAGCUACUGCGCUUUUCGAUCGCUGUUAAAUUCGUCCAUGAUCGACAGCGGGGGACAGCUUGAUCGCCAGAAGGACCAGCGGCAGAGAAUUGUUUAAGUGACGGCUUCAGUAAGACUGUUGCGAUGCUACGUAGGCAUCUGGAAGAAAAGGGCUUUUCUACCAUGAGAGAUUGCGCGUGAGCCCGGUUUUCUGACGGAAAACGAGCUCUAUCGACCCAGUCUUUAGUAUUUGUAUCGAGACGAUCGAGUCUUGCUUAUUGCUUUUACCGACAGAGCUAAUGAAGUUUGGGGGAAUGGCAGGUCGAAGUCGAAGAGCCUGGUUUAGUGUUCUGUUGGGACUGGUUGUUGGGUUCACACUGGCUUCCAGGCUGAUUUUACCCAAGGCGAGUGAGUUGAAGAAAGCUGGACAGAAAAGAAAAGCCAACUCUGCCGGGUGUGGGCUUAACGGGGGUCUCGGAAAAGAAUACGGGGGAGUCUUGUGGCCUGAAGUUAACGGUUCACCGCCGACCGAGAAAUCUGCUUCCAGAUCUAACAAUUUCCUAUUUGUUGGUGUCAUGACUGCCCAGAAGUACCUAAACAACCGUGCCGUGGCAGCACACAGGACAUGGGCACAGACAAUUCCAGGUCGUGUGGAGUUCUUCUCCAGUGAAGGAUCUGACACCUCCAUACCGAUCCCGAUAGUGGCUCUGAAGAAUGUAGAUGACUCAUACCCUCCCCAAAAGAAGUCCUUCAUGAUGCUUAAGUACAUGCAUGACUAUUACCUGGAUAAGUAUGAAUGGUUUAUGAGGGCUGAUGAUGAUGUCUACAUCAAGAGUGAGAAGCUCGAGAGCUUCCUGCGCAGCCUCAAUAGUAGUGAGGCCAUCUUUCUGGGUCAAACGGGAAUGGGGGCCCGGGAUGAGCUUGGGAAACUGGCUCUGGAGCCUGGGGAGAACUUCUGUAUGGGUGGGCCAGGCGUCAUCAUGAGCCGUGAAGUUCUUAAGAGGAUGGUACCCCAUAUCAGAGAGUGUUUACAGGAGAUGUACACUACCCAUGAAGAUGUGGAGGUGGGCCGGUGUGUCAGGAGAUUUGCAGGUGUUCAGUGUGUCUGGUCAUAUGAGAUGCAGCAGCUCUUCUAUGAGAAUUAUGAACCAAACAAGAAAGGCUACAUACGAGAUCUCCACAACAGCAAGAUUCAUCGAGCCAUCACACUUCACCCCAACAAGAACCCUCCCUACCAGUAUCGCCUUCACAGCUACAUGCUCAGCCGCAAGAUCGCAGACUUGCGCCACCACACCAUUCAGCUGCACAGGGAGAUUGUCCAGAUGGGGCGCUACGGAGCAGUUGAGCCUGACCGAGAGGACCUCCAGCUCGGCAUGCCCCCUUCGUUCAUGCGCUUCCACCCCCAUCAACGAGAGGAAGUUCUGGAGUGGGAGUUUCUGACGGGAAAGUACCUAUUCUCGUCGUCUGACAGUCAGCCACCCCGUCGUGGCAUGGAUUCCUCUCAAAGGCAGGCCCUGGAUGACAUCAUCAUGCAAGUGAUGGAGAUGAUCAACGCCAAUGCCAAAACACGUGGUCGUGUUAUUGAUUUCAAAGAAAUUCAGUAUGGCUACAGGAGGGUCAAUCCCUUGUACGGGGCAGAAUAUGUUCUGGAUCUGCUGCUGUUGUACAAGAAACACAAGGGAAAGACCAUGACAGUUCCUGUUAGGAGACACGCCUACCUGCAGCAGACUUUUAGUAAGAUCCAAUUCAGAGAGGAGGAAGAGAUGGAUGCCAGAGGUCUGGCCAGCCACAUCAACAAGGAAUCAGACUCCCUCUCAUUUCUGUCCAACUCGCUCAAGAUGCUGGUGCCCUUCAAGCUGGCUACCUCUGGUCAGGAUCAGAGGGAGCCCAAAGAAAAGAAGGUUAACAUCUUGGUACCUCUGUCAGGCCGCUAUGACAUCUUUGUGCGCUUCAUGGCUAACUUUGAACGAGUAUGUCUGAUCCCCAACCAAAAUGUUAAACUACUGAUCCUGCUCUUUAGCACAGAUAACAAUACUGAGCGGGUGAAGCAGGUGGAACUUAUGAGGGAUUAUCACAUGAAGUAUCCUCGAGCAGAGAUGGAGAUAAAGCCCGUCCCCGGUUCCUUCUCCAGGGCUUUGGCUCUGGAAGUUGGUUCUUUACACUUCUCUAAUGAUUCCCUGCUUUUCUACUGUGAUGUGGAUCUGCUUUUCUCCAGUGAAUUCCUCAAAAGAUGUCGGACUAAUGCUGUCCUGGGGGAGCAGACGUACUUCCCCAUCAUCUUCAGUCAGUAUGACCCUAAAGUAGUAUAUGCUGGGAAGGUCCCCAGCAACAACCACUACGUCUUCACCUCUAAAACAGGCCUGUGGAGGAACUACGGAUUUGGGAUUGUCUGUGUAUACAAGAGAGACCUGGUUCGAGCUGGAGGCUUUGACACUUCCAUACAGGGCUGGGGAUUAGAGGAUGUAGAUCUUUAUAAUAAAUUUGUCCAGUCAGGGAUUAAGUUGUUUAGAAGCACAGACACAGGAAUAGUUCACGUUCAUCAUCUAGUCACGUGUGACCCCCACCUGGAUGUGAAGCAAUAUAAGAUGUGCCUGGGCUCCAGAGCUUCCUCGCAUGGCUCCACCCAGCAGUUGGCUGAGCUCUGGCUUGAGAAGAACAACCAUGGCUUCAGGAGACUGGCCAGCAAUAAUGGGUCAGUUAGGACAGCGUAAGAAAUGCUGGGUUGUCAUUAAUUGAACUCACUUUCCCUUCUUAGUAGUAGUUUCACUGCUUAAUUUAUUUUUUAAUGAAAUUAAAUAAUUCACAUUGAUAUAUUUUUUAAAUAUCUCUUUUGAAUCUUUCUUUUUUUAAAGAAACAUCAUAAUGAGCAGCUCCCAGAAAUAGUCUGGGCAGUCUGUUCUCUUUCCUGAUUAUUGCCGGGGCUCCUUUUGCGCAACGUUAUCUGUCAGGCUACUAGUUAAUUUGGUUAUUAAUGUUUGCCUCAGUAAAGUACACAGUCUUUCAAUUUUAUAUUUGGCGUAUGUGUUCAAAGCAGACUGGUGUCCCUGUCCUCUCAGACCAACAGUGCUCAAAACUACAUUCAAUUGCUGAUUGUGUAUGUUUACAAGGGCUGAUUGUGAACAGCAUUUCAUGAAUGAAAAUUCCAAUCAGAGCUAUCUCAAUGACUGCCAGGGCCACUUCUUUGGAAAGCAAAUUUAGGUGGUUUUCUUUUACAUUUACUCUUAUGGUUUUGGUGAUAUGACUUAACACUGUUUUUGUUUCUUUUUUUAUAUAUAUAUAUUUUGUAUUGUUAAUUUCUGUAGACCCAACUGCUGAAUCUGCAAUUCAUUAUUUUCUAUCUAAUUUAUUGAAUUUGCAGGCUCCAUUUUCUACAAUCUGCUGAAAUGUGUAUGUGGGACAGCCAUGUCAGUUGUGGUAUAGUUUUCUUUUUUCCUUAAGCUCUCUCACCAAAGAGUUUUGCACAGUCUGCUUUUACAUUUCAUGUUGCCUGUGUGUGUGUG